AAACACCAACUCAAUAUCUCGAGAACCCUUACUAUAUAUUCUCUCUCUAUAGAUAAAAAAGAUAUAUAAACUCAUUUUGGGAGGUCAUGUCAGGCGUUUGGGUGUUCAACAACGGAGUGAUACGUCUAGUAGAGAACCCAAACCAGUCCGGUAGAGCCCCCACUCAGACGCACGGCCGGAGAAAUGUCUUGGUUUACUUGCCGACCGGUGAAGUGGUUUCUUCUUACUCGUCGCUCGAACAAAUCCUAAGGAGCCUCGGGUGGGAAAGAUACUUCAAUGGAGACUCCGAUCUCAUCCAAUACCACAAACGCUCCUCGAUCGACCUCAUCUCCUUACCAAGAGACUUCUCCAAGUUCAAUUCCGUUUACAUGUACGACAUCGUCGUCAAGAACCCUAAUACCUUCCACGUCCGCGAUUUCAAUUGAAAUCCACGGUUAAAUACGACGGAAACUUAUUACAGAAUAUAUAUGCAGUGGUUAUGUGAAUUGCGUACUUUUGAAAGAGAAGAUGUGUGCAGCUUUUUGAAUUCGACAAACAAAGGGGAUGGCUAUUGGAAUAUCAUCACUUAGUUAGCUUGUGUUAAUUUUUGUUAAUUGAUAUGUACGCUUAAUUGUUGGGAUUGGUUUUAAAUGUGUCUCCAAGUUUGUUGCAUGUAGUGCAUGCUUCAAUCUUCUUAAUCUUUGUGAGGCUUGUGUGGAUGUUUAAGAGUAGUGUUGCCAAAAGGUGGCACAUUACUUAAGCCGUCGUUGAUUUGUUUAUUUUUGUAGCUUUGUAAUUGUGGUGAUCUAUAUGUAUGUAAGUUAC